AGAAUUUUCCGAAUUGUGUUUACAAUAACGGCCGUCAGAUGCCGUUGGGAUUUGUUUUUUAGUAGGGGCCAGUGACAAUAAAACCCUGGUGUCCAUGCUUGUUUCUUUCUACUCGAUUGCCGUCCUCUUCAGCGAGAAGUUUGUCAACAACAGGUGGGUCGGAGCAGGGGGUGAGGAAAGAUCCAGAAGAACUUUAAGGAAAUGAGGCCGAAACUCGAUUAUAAUUCGGACGGUGGUCUGUGCAGCAGUUCUGCAAGUGUUUCCGGCGAAGACACUCCCAAUCGCGAUGAGCGGUCUCAAAGCCCGACGGAUUUUGAUUAUAGUUCUGGUAACUCUACUCUGGCAGAUAAGAUUCGCUCGCGAGUUGAAAGUGGCGAAAAAUUUUUCUCCCUCGAAUUCUUCCCACCCAGAACCAAAGAGGGUGCUGUCAAUCUAUUAGCAAGAUUCGAAAGGCUGAGGUUAGCUUGCCCUUUGUUUUGCGAUGUCACGUGGCAUCCGGCAGGAAAUCCUGGUGGAGAUACAGAGACAUCGUCGAUGACGAUCGCCAGUGCGGCGCUUAAUUAUUGCGGUCUCGAGACAAUGUUGCAUUUGACGUGCUGCAAUCUCAGUCGCGAGGACGUAAUCAAACAUCUCAACAGGGCGAGAGAAAUGGGCAUCAGGAAUAUUCUAGCCCUUAGGGGAGAUCCCCCGAUCGGUCAAGAUUGGCAUCCACCGGAAAAUGGAUUAAAAUAUGCAGUUGAUCUUGUCCGGUUGAUUCGUGAUCUCUUUGGCGACGAUUUCAGCAUUUGCGUGGCUGGAUAUCCCACUGGUCAUCCUGAUGCUACUUCCUACGAAGCCGAUUUACUACACUUGAAAGAGAAGGUGGAUGCAGGGGCUGAUUUCAUCAUCACUCAGUUAUUCUUCCGCGCCGAAACGUUCGUCAAAUUUGUGAGUGACUGCAGAGCAUUGGGUAUCAACGUGCCCAUCAUUCCUGGAGUGAUGCCUAUCCAGUCGUACGAUUCUCUCCGCCAAAUAGCUAAACUUUCUAAAUUGGAAGUGCCUGAAGAAAUCAUAAACAUUGUAGCGCCCCUCAAAGACAAUGACGAAGCCAUCCGAAAUUAUGGCGUCCAGCAGGCCGUCACUCUCAUUCGUGAAUUGUUUAAUGCCGGUGUAGCGCCCGGCGUUCAUUUCUACACGCUCAACAGAGAAGUGGCUACGACAGCUAUUUUGAAGCAACUGGGUCUAUGGGUCACCGAACCGAGACGGCCUUUACCUUGGCGUAGGGCUGCCAACGCCAAACGAAGCACAGAGACGGUCCGUCCCAUCUUUUGGUCGUCGAGGCCUAAGGCCUACAUUUACCGGACUCGUCAUUGGGAUGAAUUUCCUAACGGACGUUGGGGCAAAUCCGAUUCGCCCGCAUUCGGAGAGCUCAAAGAUUAUUAUCUGUUUUACUUGAAGAGUAAGAGCUCCAAAAAUGAUCUGCUGCGCAUGUGGGGAGAGGAAUUAUGUUCCGAACAAGAUGUUUGGGAUGUUUUUCAUUGCUACCUGUCGGGACAGCCCAACAAAUGUGGCGUCAAAAUUACGAAAAUCGCCUGGAACGAUGAAGAGCUGAGCUCAGAGACAUCACUUCUUCAAGAGAAAUUAUCUGAAUUCAACAAAAAGGGAGUGUUGACUAUCAAUUCUCAGCCAAAUGUGAAUGGAGCUCUGAGUGAUGAUCCAGUCGUCGGAUGGGGACCCAGAGGCGGUUAUGUUUAUCAAAAAGCUUAUCUCGAAUUUUUCACGGGCCAAGCCAAUGUUCAGGCUCUUUUAAAAGUAUUGCCCAGUUUUCCUAGGGUCAAUUUCCACAUCAUCAACAGCAACGGCACGGCGGAUUACACCAACUGCCACAGACACAGGCCAGUUGCUGUGACUUGGGGCGUUUUCCCCGGACGUGAAGUCCUUCAGCCGACCGUCGUCGACCCCGUCUCGUUCAAAGUGUGGAAAGACGAAGCCUUUGCUCUAUGGGGUGAACAGUGGGGCAAACUCUACCCGGAAAAGUCGACGUCCAGGGACGUGUUGACACGAAUCUCGGAGACGUACUACCUCGUCAACCUGGUGGACAACGACUUUCCUCGAGAGAGUUGUCUUUGGGACCUUCUCAACGCCAUGUUUGCCCAGCGCGAGUUGGACAGCAUGAGCGAUUUUAUCCAGCAAGACUCUGACGUCCACCUGGACGAUGUCGCCCACUACGAAAAUGGUCUGAGAUUGACGAGACGCCAAGAUUCACGAGGCGAUGGGAGCUACACUCAUUACACGAUGGAAGAACUGGUGGAAGCUGCACAUCGUCAAGAAAUGCAUGAUGAAAUUGUGACGGGCGAAGGAAACGAGUGACAUAUUUUUUUAACUUUUCUCUACAAGAAUCUUUUCUGGGAGGACAACAAUAGUUAGGAAUUCUAUUUUGAAAUGAUUUUGAAUCUUUAUUUUGUGCGUCCUUAUUUUUAAACGAUGCCAUAAAAAGAAAUUUAGGAGUUGUGGCAUUACAUUGAAGGAUGGGUGCAUUUAAUUUAAAAAAAGGAUAAUAGAAAAAUGCAACACUG